AGGAAGACAAUACACUCUACAGUAAUGUGAUUGGGCCAGUUGCUGAGUUAAAUGUAAAUCAUCUAAAGAUAUUAUAGAUCAACUGAAGAGAUCAAACAGAUUAGAAAAUACAAACCUGAAGAUCUGCCAACUCACAACACAUUAUUUCACUACUGUUUUGUAGCCUGCUUAUAUAAUACAUUAUCAAAUUGGUUGAACUGCAUCAGAACAGAGGUGAAAUCCUGCCUCCGUAUUUAGCAAUGUGUACACAAUACCAACACUAGGUGGAAGUGUCUUUCUAUUUUCUAAAAGUGGCCAAAAUCCCAUGUCUCCAGAGAGUAAAGUAGUAGCUUUUCCCUGUUCUGGUGUAUCACAUUUAUAUUAACGCAUGCUCUGACCCUUCUUUUUUUUCCAAUUUUGUUAAAGCAAGGGGGACCCAAACUAGUGUCAGUGACCCAUCAAUCGCCCAUUGCUGAUCACCUGCAAAAUGCAUCUCUCACACCACAAUGAGAUAAAUCUAAUGCUUGUAAGAAAAUAUUCUCAUGUAUCUGUCCUAAUGAACUAGGUUUUCAUUUCAUUUAGACUUCUUUUACUCUGGACAAGAAAGUGUAUAGAAAAGUAAAGUGAUUACAAGUAAUAUAAAGGCAAUUUGGUUUACAUUAGUUAGUCUUAUUGUGUGUAAAUUUACACACACUCAGAAGCACAAACAGGAGCCUCAAACCUCGUAUAAAGGUCGAUUUUUCAAACCUGUUUUUUGUUAAGUCAGUUCACAUAGACGGACAGACAAACUAAGGAAUAUAUAUAUUUAUAUAAUAAAACAAUUAGAUUAAUGUUAUUUUAUCUCACAUCUUUGCCAAUAAAAUCACUUUAUAAAACUGUACAGAAAUAGUUCAUAUCAAAAUGACAGAACAGAACGUUUGGUUUAGGUGAGGUGAAAUGAGUAUCACUGAGCAGAAGCAUAAAACAGUUGAUGAGUGCCUUUUACAUGUCAUUCUGGCCAAUCAAUUAUUUUUAUUUGUGAUUUCUUAUAUAUAAGAAGGCUAAAGACCUCAGGGAGACGUUUCGAUCGUCCAGCAUGAUUGUGCACUGAUAUUUACAAUAAAGAGAAAUUCUCUUUAUUAUUCUCUUUAUCUCGUUACUUACUGAUAAAUGGGCUGUCAUGAGGAUGUUCAGAUUGUGUGGAACACGAAAAAAUAUUAAUAAAAGUUUUGUCUUUUAUUUUUAAUAUGCUUUAUUAUAGCAGGGACUGUGCUUUACUAAUUCUUCCCUUAUUUUGGGUCAGACAUUUUAAAGCACAUUUAAGUUCAUCUUGAGGUUUUGUACGUUUAAUAAGAAAAAAGUAUAUAACAAAAACUACUUUUCCCCAAUAUUUAAUAUAUGAGAUUUGUUUUUAAACCAGUGGAGUGUGUUGAUGGGGCCUAUUUUUGGUAUGAAGUCUGGUCUUUCCUGAAAAAAAAAAUGACUUCACCUCCCUCUCAUCUACUAAUGGAUAGAGUUACACGAGGGAAAAACUCUUGAGGAUGUUUUUCCUUUCUUUCUCUUUGCUUUCACCUACAGGACUAAAAGUUAAUGCCCCUCCUCUUGCGAUUUUUAUCCCAAUCAAAACAAACAUUUAUCUUUUGUGAAGCAUGAAUGACGCGUCCGGAGCGCACUCUUUCUUCCAUGGCAAUUACAGUAAAGCAAGGCGUGUUUAUUUUAGUUAUUUCAUUUUUUUCUUUGUACAUUGAUAAGAUCAUUACCGCAGCUCGGAUGUGAGUGUGUGGAUCCAGAUCUGAAAGCGUUUCCUCGUUUAUUGCGGGAUAAUGAUUCUGGAUCAAAGCUCCAUGGAGGAGCCCGACAUCGACGUUGUUGGAGAGCAGGAUAAAGAUGCUCAAGAAGUUCAGACGUCCAGGAGUGAGUUUAGGCUCAAGGUGAAGGAUCCAGGUGACGCUUCGAGCCACAGCGACGCGUCGGGUGUCGCGUGCGUGAAGCCGCCGUACUCCUACAUCGCGCUCAUCACCAUGGCCAUCCUGCAGAGCCCCCGCAAGCGGCUGACCCUCAGCGAGAUCUGUGAGUUCAUCAGCCGCCGCUUCGCCUACUACCGCGAGAAGUUCCCGGCAUGGCAGAACUCCAUCCGGCACAACCUGUCGCUCAAUGACUGCUUCGUGAAAAUGCCACGUGAGCCCGGAAAUCCAGGAAAAGGCAACUACUGGACGCUGGACCCCAUGUCCUCAGAUAUGUUUGAGAACGGUAGUUUCCUGCGGCGCAGGAAGCGCUUCAAGAGGCACCGCUGCUUCACCAAGGAGGUGGAAACGCCGCUUCCGGGAUUCCAGCUCGGAUCUUACGCUUCGGUUUUACCGGUCCCGGCUUUGGAUCUCUACCUCGAGCGUUCACCAUCUCAUCCUCCUCCACAUCCUCAUCCUCCUCACCCUCAUCCUCCUCCUGGUCCUGGCUUACCGGUCGGCAGCCUUUUACCUGCACUUUCCACUCUUCUCAAAGGCUACCUCCCGCAUCCAUCACGCUCUCUCCCGCUCGACUCCUCCCGCACUCCUUUCCCCUGCGCGCAGCUCGCACCUCCGGCCGCUUUUCCGCCAGGAUUUUAUACACUUCAGCAGGAAUAUCACAAACUCCAGGCUCUGAACAACAACGCGUUCACCAGCAAACUUUUACAGCGAUUCAGUGACGCGACACGCAACACAUUUUAGAAUAAUGCAACAGCAAAUAUGAUUCUCCAAACAUCACAAACAUCAUUGGUGUCACCUGAGGAAUUGACCAAAAAAUUGCAUUAAUAAACCCGACAUCUGUGGGAAAGUUUUCUAUGUAAAUAUUUUCUAAAUAUAGAAAAAUUGUAUGAAAUGAUCCGACACUAGAGAACAGCAAUAAUAAAAACAACUAAGAGGAGCGUGCUAUCAUUUAUCAUGGACUGUACAGUUUUCAUUCUUUAACUUUUUUAAUUUUUGUUUCUGCAUUCAGACUUUUGCAUCAGACCGAAUAUGAAAUGAUGAACGCUUAUAAAUCUGAUUAUAUGAGACUUAUACUAGAUAUCAAACUUUUCCAGAGAUUCAGUGUAAUGCAUUUUGAUAAAGAAAAAUAUAUCAAAUAUUCUCUGAAAUAUAUAUAUAUAUAUAUAGCUCAAAUAAAGACACACACGCAAAAAACAUUACACCCCAAAACAACUUUACUGUUAUAAUGAGAAACAACAAUAAUAAAACCAACACGUGUGAAACUAUUCGAAAAAAGUCAUGGUAAUUGUUUAAACAAUAAAACAAAAAUGAUCAUCAACAGUGUCGUGUAAAAACUACAUUUUUGUUCGAAUUUGUUGUAUUUGGAUCCAGGGGAAAAAACCAAACAAACACAAAUACCAUUUUGCGAAAUAAACAGAGUCGUAUCAGAAGAUUGCUUUAUUUGAUAAAGUUCUAGUUUUAAGCAUGUUUUAUUUUUCUUUUGUUUAUUUUUUGUUGACAUUCACACAUUUAUUAUCAUUUUAGUUUUUUUUUCUUUGAGUAUUUUGACCCAUGAGUGUUUUUCCAUUUUGAAAUAAAGGACUAGCCUACAGUUUAAUCUUUUAUAAUUAUUAUUAUUAUUAUAAUUAUUAUUAAUAUUAAUUUUAUUGUUAUUAUAUUAGUUUAUAACUUAAAAGGACAUGUUGGAUCUUUAAAAACAUUCAGUGAAAAUCUAGAUGACAUUUGUUUGUCACAUCACAGCUUUCCAUGGUGGUUGUUUUUGUUCAUCUUCAUAAUUAUUAUUAUUAUUAUUAUUAUUAUUAUUAUUAUUAUCUUCAUUACUUCAACACAAGCAUUUUAGCAACAUUAGAUAUAUUCCUAUAUAUUUUAUAUUGCAGGUUAUUACAUAUUUACAUUUCUUGCAUUAUUCCGAUUUUUUUCCUGCAAGAGGAAAUGCAAAUGCAGAUUAAAAUGUAUAUUAAUAGAACGCAGUUAUGGUUUAUAGGUUGUACAAUGCAGUGAACAAAUAUUUGUUUAAGUAAUAUUUUUUCCACUGGCUCACACUUUAUGGCUAAUACUAUUAUAGAUUGAUUUUGACUACAUAAUUAUUGAAAAACUAUUAAAUAAUAUUGACAAUAACAUGGAUUUCGGCUGAGUUGAAUUGGACGACCCGGCUGAUAUUUUUAAGAUAUAAAGAGCUAUAAAGUAAAAUCCAAACAUUUACACAGUAUUUAAUCCAGGUUAAGUGUUCAAGGUGGUAAUGGUAAUUAAAUGUUUUAUAUUUUGGUGUUUAUUAGGCAUCUUAAAUUUAAUCCACAGCUAUUUAAUAAGGCACUGUGCUAAAUUCUGCCUUGUUUUUAAGCCAAAUUAAAUGUUAAAUGGUAGCUUAUGCAAUAUGAAUGGGGUGAUUGUAAAUCUAUGGCCCAGUGGAAACCUUAUUAAUCUUUCAAGUACGAGAGUAUAAACGGAAAAGAAGCUGCGUCUAAUAGCUACAGCUUUAAAGCCACAACGAUGGAAGGAAAGUGGCAUCAAAUUUACAUGAUUUAUGAUUGAUGUGGAAAUUUCUAGACAAUGUUAUGUCUCAUGCAGUUUCCCAUUUGGUCCAUGUGAUUUUAUUUUCUACAUGGGAUUAAUUUUUAUGUGUGACCCCCAUCACCCCUCACCCCCCCAACACGAUUCACUUACAUCAUCCAGUCAUUUUCACAAUUUAUUUUUUCACAUGCUGUGAAGGUCAUAUAAAUUUAUCUGAUAUGUGAUUCAUUCAGAUGUAGGAAAUAGGAUUUUUAUGCACAUAGCACUAUAUUCCCUACUUGUACUUUUUUACCAUGGAGGUCAUGUGGUUUUUAGUUUUGUUUCAUCUUCGAUGUAUUUUUAUUUUAUUACAUAUAGAACAUUAUUAUUCACAUGUCCAAUUUCAGAAUAUAGCAUAACCUCCUGACAACCAUAUGAGCACACAUUCCACACUUAUCCCCUGUGAAAGACCUAUACUAUGAUCAUGUGAUCAUAUAGGAUAUAUUUUCUGUAAAGAAUGACCUUGGGUGAAUGCAGGAAAAAAAAUUUGGUGUUAGCCAUCAUUCACAAAAUACUAAAAGAGUAACACAUUCGCAAAGCUCCUUGAUUGACUUCCGUGGCUUUAUCACAUACAUAUAUAUAUAUAUAUAUAUAUAUAUAUAUAUAUAUAUAUAUAUAUAUAUAUAUAUAUAAAGUGCAAUCAUGUGUUUUCGUGUCUAGAAGAGGAUCCUCAUGUUUCCCUGUUCCUUUUUUUUUUUUUACAUUUGCUGUACAUUUGAAAGUGUUUGGAUGAUCAAAUUCUAUGCCUUACUGAACAUGUGGGACUGGGAAAGAUUUCCAAAGAAGAUUCUGACCAUCUCCAGAUGAAUGUUUUGGAGGAUAUUUAAUGGAAAAUAAACACUCGCUUGCAUGGCUUGUUUCAUUCCAUACUCGUUUCUUAAUCGAAAUCCCAAACCUAUUAUUGGGGAAAAAAAACAUCACUAUUCAGAGCUGCUCUGUGUUGAUUGCAUGUCUCAGUGGGAAACGUUUGAUGGAUUUGCGCAUGGAUUUGUGUUUUUGCGUGCAGAAGCAUUGGGGUCAGUUUGCACCUGACAAAAUAAACAGUGUUCUUUAUA